AUGAGGCUCUGGAUUCACCUGGCCAACUCAGUGGUGAUUCUCCUGGUGUCCCUGGCAUCAAACUUUUCAGCGUGUCGUGUGUACUGGAAUCCUGCUGCUACUAUGGAGAAAGAAAGUUAUGUUGAAAGUGUGCUGCGGAAGAGUGCUCCUCGUAUACGGUAUCUUCUGAUGAGUCAGCAGAUUAUAGGAAAUGUACCUCCAAUAGUAUUUGUAAAAGACAAAGAAGCUGCAGCUGUAAAAGAGAUUGAGGAAUUAUUGUCAAGUGCUGAUUUUGGACCUCCAGAAGAAGUAGAAACAUCUCAAAAUGAUUCUAGUAAACUCUCUUCUUCAGCAACUCAGUCUUCGGAUUCACCCAUGCGGUCUAACCUUUUUGGUAUUGAUCAUGAACUGUUGAAUAAGCAGAUAAUGGACUAUAAAAGACUGAAAGUUUCAAGAGAUCUAGAAGGCAUUGCCUGGACGGAAGAGCAGGAGCAGCAGCUUUCUCAGAUUAAAAAGAAAAUGAAGAAGAAAAAACUAAGGAAUCUUCCUGAUGAUGACGACAUUGCACCACAGAAAUACUUACUGGAGAGAUAUGAAGGUGAUUACUGGAAUGAUAAUACUGAAUCGGUCUCGGACUAUGACCUGGAGGAUGAAUUACAGGAAGAGAUAAAUGAAUUGGAGGCAGAUGAUGGCAAAACUCUAAGCCAGCCUACUGAGAAACUGAACUGAACUGAAAAACUCACUCCCUUCAAAAUGGAGGCUGCCAAUAGCAAAAAAAGACGACUGCCAUAGAUACUGAAAGAUUAAUUUGGUACAGACUUACCACUUCCUCUUUCAGACUAAUAGGUUUGCCACACGUGGGGAGGUUUGCUAGCACAAGGUAUGUAAGAAGAACAAAAGUGCUAUUUGUGACAUUCUGUUAAGUAGCUUUCAAGCUGCUGCAAUUGUAGGACUUUCAACCAGAGCAGUUUUCUAAUAAGAAAACAUACAUAGUGCAGCACUGAGUUAAAAAUUCUUGCAGCUCAAAUUUCAAAUAAAAUUAUGGUUUCUGUGUUGAAAUACA